AUGGUGGAAGUACGCCGAUCCCAUUGGCGCUGCAAUCGUCAGCACUCUAAUCAUUGUGACAUGGUUCCUCACCAUAAGAGAACAGGUGCCUUUACUGAUUGGCAAAUCAGCAAGUCCUCAAGUGAUCAAUCGCAUUAUCAAUGUUGCUAUAAGCCAUGA